GUCGAUUUCGAGGGUUUCGAUAAGCUGUAAGAGGAAGACAGAGGAGAGGAGAGAAGCGCUUAUUAGGUUUUUAGGUGAUCCGUGUUACAUCUUUGAAUGAGACGGGUCGGAUGGGUUAUGGAGAGAUGAGAUUAUGGUCAAAUUAUUGAGGUGGAAGUGAAUGUUAGGCAUCUCGGAGAGGGACAUUCCCAACUAGAAUUUGAGGAGAUAAAGUUGCCGCCUCCUCUGAUAUUUCAUUCUCCGCAGGAAUCCAAUCACUCUUUUCUCCGAAAAAAGAUGCAGAGGAAUGGGGUGAGAAGAGCACAUUCUUUAUGGCGCAAGAGUUUAACACACAACUUGCCUCAUCAUCCUUCUAUUGACAAGUUCCAGGGAAGAGAUUAUUGCAGCACCUCAAACAGUUGCAACGAUGAUAAAAGCUUCGGCAAAGAGUCAUUUCCAUGGAAAAGGCAUUCUAGGAAAGUAUCUCAACGACAACUUCUAUUUGGGAACUCAACAGUUUCUGGGACUCUAUGGGAACCAAAACAUUUUCACACCUUUAGCAAUGACAAGAGAUAUCGUGCUGUUGAGAUAUCGUGCUGUUGCCACUGCUGCAAAGGAGCACUCUUGAGAUAUCGUGCUGUUGCCACUGCUGCAAAGGAGCAUUCCAUCCCUGUCCGUGGGUACGUAUCUUGCGUGGUCGGGUGUCUAGUGGAAGGAGCGGUUCCACCCUCAAAAGUAGCGCAUGUCGUUAAAGAGCUCUAUGACAUGGGCUGCUUUGAGAUUUCUCUUGGUGAUACAAUUGGAAUCGGCACUCCUGGUUCUGUGGUUCCCAUGCUUGAAGCCGUGAUGGCAGCUGUGCCAGCGGAAAAGCUGGCUGUUCACUUCCACGAUACCUAUGGACAAGCUCUUGCAAACAUAUUGGUAUCUCUCCAAAUGGGAAUAAACAUAGUAGACUCAUCAGUUGCUGGAUUAGGCGGUUGCCCAUCAUACCAAAAAUAAGUAUGGAAAAGUUGGUAAAAUAGAACAAAAUUUCAAUAUGUUUCUCUUUAGCAUAAAAGUCAACCUAAGUUUGUUCUCGUAGUAUAAUAUCUAUUCUAUUUCACAACUUCACUUCAUGUGUGAUUUUUAAGUUGGACCAUUUUAAAUAAGUUUA